CACCUUCACUAGCUGUUUUUCUCUGCAGUCCAUGUUUUUCUUCCUGUAUUUAGGAUAUUGGACGUGGUAGUUGGUAAACAAUACUCCCUCCAUUAAACAGCGUUACUAACACGAACUUCAGUAACUCCUCCUUCUCGUUGAGUCGUGUGCGUUAAAGUUCAACCGACAUUGUUUUUAUGGUCUAUGUCAAAGUUCAUCGGGUUAGAGGACAGUGUCCUGCAGCCGUAUUAUCGUUGAUUCUGUAACACCGACAAACAGAGGUUUUAUUUUUUAUUUUUCCCUAUGUCACUAUGAGUGGAAAAGAUCAUACUUUGGACCAACCGCGUAGGAAGAGAAUUAUUCAUAUCGUUUACCUGAUCGCUGCUUUAGACAUAACAUGGAUGUUUUUACAGUUUUCUGUCACCCCUUAUUUGGCAACAAAACUCGGCUUUGACACUUUGUGGUUAGGAUAUUUACAAACCACAGUGGGUGUCAUUCAGCUUCUUGGUGGUCCUCUGUUUGGAAGGUUUGCAGAUCUCUUUGGGGCACGGAUUGCCUUGUCUCUGGCCUGUGGUGCCACUGUGGUAUUCUUUUUGCUGCUGGCUAUAGCAACCCACCCUCUCAUGCUGUUCGUCCAUAAAAUCCCAACAGUCUUUAUGCAUGUGCUUCCUGCAUCUCAGAUGGUUGUGACGGAUCUUUCUGAACCUGAUAAACGAGCAGAUGCUUUAUCCAAACUGGGUCUGUGCUUUGGCUUCGGUAUGAUAGCUGGCUCCACACUGGGCGGUCAACUGAGCAAGCAUUAUGGUGAGACUUUUGCUGCCUGUGUUGGUGCCGUGGGCAGUGCCUUCAGCCUAGUGCUGGUUUUAAACUUUAUUCCGAAUAAUACCAAAGGUGAUGCUCCAGUGACCAAAAAAGAUGGUGAGAAAGAAAACAAAUCAAUAUUUAAUGUGAGCGAGAUCACAAGACUGAUGACGUUUCCACGUGUGACUCAAACAUUUAUUGUGAAGGUAGUCGCAGGUUUACCAUCAGGGAUUUUCCAGGUCAUGUUUUCAGUUAUGGCACUUCAGCUCUUUAAACUGGGGCCUGAGCAGAAUGGAUAUCUGAUGGCCUACCUUGGAAUAGUACAAAUGAUGAUACAAGGAGGAGUUCUCGGAAGACUAACAGGAAGGUUCUCAGAGAGCAUGCUGCUGGUUCUGUCAGUUGGACUUUCCUCUGCUGUUGGACUGGCACUGGCUUAUAUGCAGAAUGUGACCCACCUGUGCCUCAUUGUGGUUCCCAUGAUGCUUUCCCUCAGUUUGUUUAACGUCAUCACAGACAGCAUUCUCACCAAGAGUGUUCCGUCCUCUGACACAGGCACUAUGCUGGGAUUAUGUUCAUCUGUUCAGUCCCUUCUUCGCACAGUCGGUCCGACUAUUGGAGGCUUCCUGUAUGUAAAUUAUGGAUAUUCUUCAAUAGGAAUGACCCAGUUUGUUGUAAAUAUUGUUGUGUUUUUCUAUUUACUGCAUCGGUGGACCAAGAAUAAGGACAAGUCAAAUUGAUGACCUGACUUUAUUUCAUAGGUUAAAAAAAUACAAUCAUUUCCUUUUCAGUUAUUCAAAAUAGUCUUGUAUAUAGAAAUUCACCGGCUGAUUAGAUGAUGUAAUAAGGGCUAUCACCACUAGAUGGCAGCACCAUGGUUUUAUAUCUUAGUGUAUACUCUGAUAUAAAUACAUUUAAAAAUGUGAUACAUUUUUAAUAUUGGCCAGUUAAUAAAAGCACUGUAGCUGAAAUAAAAAAAUGUGUAGUUAUAUGUAAUAAAUAUACAUAAUAAACAUAAACUUAAAGAAACCUAAAGAAAAUCUAAUACAUUAAUUAUGGAAACUUGAACUUUUUCAUGUAACAGAAAGAAAAACAAUAAAAGAACGAAAAAAAAGUUUUGGGUAAAUCUCAAGCAAA